AGUAAAGAAUACCACGCAUUUCAUUUUCUCUCUUCUUCAUAUGAAAUAAUAAUAAUAAUACAUGGAUUUUAUAAAGCGCUUUUCAAGGCAUUCUUAGACACUUUACAGGUUUAAUAACUUGGUAUGUUCGUGAUAAACCGGCCUGACAAUGUUCAGUGAUCGCUGACUGACGGAGGCUGUAUGUAGCGGUGCGUGUGGCAGCAUGUGUAGAGUAGUGCUCAGUGUGCAGAGCUGAUCCUCUGCUGCAGCCUCCGUCGUCGUGCAGAGGGGGGCUCGGCCGUUGUUGUGAAUGAGGGCCAGCAUGACGUCAGGAAGCCAAUGUCAACAAUGCAGCUCCUAGAGGAGAAAAGGCGUUUCAUCCACACACACACACGCACACACACACACACACACACGCUCGCUCACACCGACUGAUGCCUCGGGUCCAUUGAACGGAGGGGCUGCGGACAUCCAGCACGAUGUGGACUCUUUUCUCUGAUUUGUGAGGAGCGGACCGAGCAGCAGACGAGCGGGAUAAUCGGCUGCAGCUCUGGUAGACGGGGCAUCCUCCCAGCAGAGCAGCAGGAAGGAAGCAGGGCGGAGGGUGAGCAGCUCCCUGCACUAUGAGGGGUGCUAGAGGGAGUGAUGUCGACAGGCGAGGAGCAGGAUGGUGAGGCGGCAGCGCCCGUGUACGUGUACGAAUCCAAGGUCCACUGCGCCAACGUGCUGUUGAGCCUGGAGGAGCAGCGGCGGCAGGGCAUCCUGUGCGACGUGACCGUACUGGUGGAAGGAAGGGAGGUGCGAGCACACAGGGCCGUCCUCGCUGCCAGCAGCCGCUACUUCCUGCAGGCCCUGUUAGGGCACAACGGGUCACCUGGCGAAGUGGAGCCUGUCAUUAACCUGCCAGACAAGGUGACAGCUAAAGGUUUCGCUCCACUGCUCCAGUUUGCCUACACAGCCAAGCUGGUUUUAAGUCGGGAGAACAUCCACGAGGUCAUCCUGUGCGCUGACUUCUUGGGUGUUCACAAUCUGGAGGACUCUUGCUUCCGCUUCCUUCAAGCCCAGCUGCAGAAUGAUGACCAACAUGCCAGUAAUAGCAAGGUGGAAUAUGAUGACGACAUCACUGCUGAGGAUACAGUCUUCACUGAUGCAAUAUCCUUGGAGAAUUCUGCAGAGAUGAGGCAGCAGACCAAUCAUGUAGCAAGCAAUGUAUCACUUCCCACUGACCUUUCUCAAUGUCCUAAAUACAGGAAAUAUCAAUACCAGAUCUGUGACAGCAAGCACAAUGGAGAUGACCAUCAUGGCAGUGACAAUGUUGUACUGGCCCACCAUACCUCAGUCAGCCCUGUCAGCUCACAGCUCGCAGACAGCAGUGCUGCUGCACAAACUCUCCUCACACCCUCCAGGAUCAAAGAGGAACCAUUUGUGUUUGAGGAAGAAGGCGAUGAAAGGAGUGGUUGUAACCCAGAAUUGUGUACUGAGGAGGUACUGGAGAUGGAGCUAGAGGUAGAAGGGGUUCCAGUAGUAGCUGAGCACUCUCCGAGCAGAGGUUCACCCUCUUCCUGUCUGCGCUCCUACCUCCAGAGAGGUGGCCUGGACCUCAGCGACAUGCCCAGUACCACCAUCCAGCAGCUCCUCACCAACAGACUUUCUCUCAACCACUACAGGGAACUGGUCAAAGACAGACAGAGGGAUAAGAGGGAGUCCUUGGAUCGAGUGGACAUCAAGACUGGAAUUGCAGAUGUCAUGCCAGCAGCGCUGACUGGCAAUAGCAAGAGCAUGGAAAGGCCUGUGUCCAAAGCCUCCUCUUCUAAACAUGAGGGGGAGCUGGACAGAUGCAGUGUCAUAUUCUCCUCAGCAGCUGGAGAGCGACAAGUGUUGGCCCAUUCUUACGUGGACGACAAGUUCAGAGAAAAAGUCUCAACCCUGAUGCAGGUAGAAGCUCCUUCUUCUGGGCGAUCAUGCCUCACUACCAGCUGCCCCAUUCCCAUCAAGACAUCGGCACACUCCCCUCCUCCUUCGGAGCCCCGAACCCAGACUUCCAGCUCCCGUUCCUCAUUCUCUUACCCAGAGGACACAGGCAGUGGUAGCUCACCUUCCAGCCUUCCCCACUUGGACUUCUCCUCAUCCCCACACUCAGGCUCCACCUCUGGACUGUCUCACUGCCUGACGGGGAUAGUGGAUCAGAGGAACCCCCACAGUGGAGAGGUGGUCUUCUCUCAGGGUUGCACCACAAUCAAAACUGAACAGGGAUUCGGUGCCAGUGGUGGCAACUCCAGUGAUGAAUCCGGCUCUUUCUCAGAAGGAGAUAGUGAAAGUGGCCUCUCCAGAGUCUCUGGCCCUGAGGUAAAGCUGCCCUUCCCCGUGGACCAGAUCACCAACCUGCCGCGCAAUGACUUCCAGAUCCUCAUCAAGAUGCACAAGCUGACCUCAGAGCAGCUGGAGUUCAUUCACGACAUCCGCCGCCGCAGCAAGAACCGCAUCGCCGCCCAGCGCUGCCGCAAGAGGAAGCUGGACUGCAUCCAGAACCUGGAGAGUGAGAUCCACAAGCUGGUGUGCGAGAAGGAGAAGCUGCUGAGCGAGCGCAACCAGCUGAAGGUCUGUAUGUCCGAGCUGUGGCAGAACCUCUCCUUUCUGUCCCAGCAAGUGUGUCGGGAGGUGCAGAGCCCUCAGCUGCCCCCCGUCUCCGCCAGCAUCGACCUCACCUCCAACCCGCCGUCGCCUUCUUCCGACGAGGGCUCGUCCGGUCAGGGGGCGCUGGAGGACAGGCAGCCCGGGGUGGUGGUGUCAGAAGCGGGCCGGGAGAAGCCGGGGUCUCCGCUGGCGCUUGGAUCCACCGAGGAAGUAUGUAGCCCCACUGUAACAGUGGAUUUCUGUCAGGAGAUGACUGAGAAAUGCACAACGGAGGAACAGAAGAGACAGAACUGUACUUAGAGUGUGGAGGCAGACACACCUUGAUAUCUAAAGUAUUUUGUUUGUUUCUUUUUUUUUUUUUUCUAAUGGAUGACACAAGUGUUGUCUCCUCAGCAAUACUGUCGGACAGGUAUCUUUGGACUGGCGAUAAAACAAAAGCACUGGCAGCUUCCUCUCUCUCCUCUCUCUUCUCUCUCUCUCUCUCUCUCUCUGUCUCGUCCUGACCUUCUCUUCCUUGUCGGCUUCCCUCCCUCUCUCGUGCAUCGCGGGAGGUUAAACUCAGGGAUUCUUCAGAAUGUUCACUAGUGUCCCUGUUAACAUGUACAUACACUUUACUUUACCGUCCUGUCAAGUCUUGAUGAUUACUCCAGUACACACCACACAACCGAAUGUGCUAAAUAAUUCAUCUUCAUCUGCUGAAUUCAUUGUCAGCAUACGUUACUUUUGGUUCGUUGGGUACUAGCUUAGCAUAAACUGCCAGCGGCUCUGUUGAGAACCCUGCUGAUCACAGGCUCUAAGGCAGACUGAGAGACACACUCUUUCUCUGUGUGUUUCAGAAUAGAAGUUUACAAAUGUACGGUUUUUCAAUCGCCAGAACUUUGGCUAGCUUUGCUAACUCAGUCCUGACUCCACCUCUGUACUCGCAGACAUGACAGCCUCACAGCUCACUUUGAGAAGUUGAACUCAUCCUUUAAAUGACACGGCAUACACAUUAAAGUGCUUACCUUCAGUGACUUAACAGUUUUAGUGAUCCAGUAAUUGUUGAGCAACACAGGACUUUAAAGUAAAAUGUUACCAAAGGUGUGUAUUUUUAAACUUUUGCAUUCGAUGAACUCACAUUAUGCAAAGUUGCUUCUGUCAAGCUUCACUUUUGCUUUUCCUCGUACUCAGAUGGACAUUUCUACACAUUUCUCUUCUCCCUUCUUUUCAUAAUCGUACGUGCUAAGAGACAGGACGACAUUACAAAGUUGAAGCACUGCCCAGCUCAUCCAGGAGGUGACACACGAGUUUCAAGCCAAUCACAUGGUGUUCGGAUAGAGUAAAGGACCGGAACAGUGUCACUUUAUAUUUCUGCUGACCAUUUUCCAAAGGAUGCUGCAGUGUUUCUCCGUAGACUUCACAUCGGCUCAGUCAGGUUGGAAAUAGAUUGAGAUCAUUAAAUGAUUUCAUACA